UAAAUGGCUGCUUUCAACUGACGUCCUAGCUCAUGUGGAGUUUCUCUUCUCUUUAUAGGCUUUAGUGUUGCUUUUAGCAGCCUUUCUGAUGUGAUUUGAUGUCGGAUAAACGUCAGCGUGCCAGAGUCCAGGGCUCCUGGGCUAAACAACCGCCGAAACCCUCUGCUCCAAAGGUUGCAGUUCAGAACAACCAACAGCCCAAAAAUGAAAACCCAGCCCCUACUUCUUGGGGUUGUGGCCCCCAGAAAACACCUAAUACUUUUGAGUUUCAUCAGCCCUCUAAGCCAGUUAGAGCUGUCCCACCAGAGAAGGUGAUAGAGCAGGCAGGUAUUCAUGAGAUCAGCGAUGGACCAUCAGGAGUGUCCAUACUGCGGCUGCUGUCCGGGUUUCUUCCCCCAGAGGAGGCAGACUGGAUGUUCAGUAAACUGCUGGCAGAGCUGCCCUGGUCCCAGAAGACCAACUACAGACAGGGUGAGGGGUACGAGGAGCCCAGGCUGACCUGCUGGUUUGGAGAGUUGCCGUACACAUACGCUCGCUCCACCAUGGACGCUAACACACAGUGGCACCCCUUGCUAUUGACGCUGCGCGGCGCCGUGCAGCAGGCGAGCGGCUGCAGCUUCAACUCUCUGCUCUGUAACUUGUAUCGGAACUGCCACGACAGCAUCGGCUGGCACAGUGACGACGAGGCCUCGCUGGGCAACAAGCCCACCAUCGCCUCCCUCAGUCUGGGUGACACGCGAGUGUUCAGCCUCCGCAAACAGCCUGCACCGGAGGAGAACGGCGACUACACCUAUGUGGAGAGGAUUCGGGUUCCUCUGAGUCACGGGACACUGCUGCUGAUGGACGGAGCCACACAAGAUGAUUGGCAGCAUCAAGUGGGUAAAGAGUACCACGACCGAGGGCCGCGCAUCAACCUGACCUUCAGAACCAUGUUCCCCGAGCCGGAGGGCCGCAAGCCGGGGACCAAGCUGAGAUUCACACCCAACCAACCAUAGAUAGUCAGGUACUAAAGGCUGCGGGAACUGUCUUAGAAGUUAUUCUGCUAAAAUACCGAUCCUCACAAUUCUAGAUCAGAUGCAGUGUGAACAAGACUUGCAUCUCAUGAAGGAUGGAGAGAUGUUGUAGUGUGUGAACGUCUCUGUCCCUCUCAGUGAGCUUGAAUCAAGUCUUGUAAACACAUUUCUGAGUUACUGUAUGACUAAGAGUUUAAACGGGAUUUGCAUAAUUGAACUCUAAUAACACUGCAGUCGUGACCAGUGUUUUCUUUGUCGGAUAUGAGCGUAUUCAAGGAAGCUAAGCAGGUCAAUUGGUGAUAAUGAAGGUCUACAGACUGGAUACAAUGUCCGCUUUGCAUAUAACUUUAUUUAUUUGUUCAGCACAGACGGUUGUUUCUGUUUAAGUAAUUUGAUCAAAUCUUUGGUUAGUUCGCCAGACUUUAAUUCGGACCCAAAUGACUUGCUCAUGUCUUUGACAAAGUGUCCCACUGACUGCACAGAAAGUCACUGUUGAACUCAAAUGUAAAACACUUCCUGCUUUGUUUAUCUUCAGGACCUUUUGGCGGAGAACAUAGUUGCUAUUAAAAGGGAAGGAACAAGAAAAGUGGCCUCUUAAGGCAAUUAAAACUCCAUCACGACUGGAAUGAGUUAAUUGUACUGUUGAACACGAUUUGUCCCUCAAAGAGGUAAUUCAGGUUUUCUGUAACCCCUCAUGUAUAUUUUGAAUGAUCUUAAAGUGUCAUAAUGUUAAAGAGAACACAAUAUACAGAAUACAAUGUGACUUUAUAAUAGUAAAGGCAAACUAUUGUGUAUGAAAUGUAUACUUAAAGACAUGAAACAAUGGAUAACCAGUCCAAAUACAUGCCUACAGUAAUGUAUGCCUUCUAACUAAAUAAAGAAGGCUUUGCAUAUACUACCAUCAACCUAGUGACAUGUUAACUACUGUAGUAAAAGCACAGAAGAAUCCCACAGCCAUAAACCUGAAAUAAACAACCUGAAAUAAACAUGAUAAAUUAACGGGAACUACUAGUGUUCUUGGCAAAGUCACCAACCCAGUUCAAAUGUGAAGCGUUUAGUCACACAUUCAUAAUUUGAGGUAAGGGCUUUUUGUUUUCUGGAUAAGUUCCAUGUGGAUUUCGUUCAAGCAUUAAAUAACUAUUGUAAUAAAGAAAGCUAAUUAAGUUCCUUUCCAAUAGGACAUUGUUAUGGGAAUUCAGGAAAGUAUAUUUUUAAGGGGGUAGAUGUUGCUUUAACCGCCCACAUGAUGGGAUAUUCUGUUUGUUUUGUAACACUGAAUAAAUGCACCUUCUUGUUAUUAGUUGCAAAUAAAACAAUUACUUCUCUGACA